UUGCGUUGUUUUCUUGAACACUGCACCCUUUUCUUAUCAUUUCUCUCCGCCACAACUACAAAUCUUGAAUUUUUUUUCAAACAUUUCUUUCAAUUUUUGUUUCUUGAAUCUCAACCAAAAAAAAAUGGGCAGUUGCUUCAGCAAGAAGAGUGUCUGUGCUUCUUCUCCGCCUCCGGCGGCGCUUCCUGACCCGCCGGAAAAGCUCAAAUCCGAAGCUGCUCAGCCGGAGAAGAAAGAAGAAACGGUUGUAAAGAAAGAGAUUUUCAUAAUCAAGCACCGGAAGAGCCACGAGGUCGAGAGGCAGAGACCGGAGCCGGAGGAGAAGGCGGAGGUGAAAAAGGUGGAUGAAUUUGUCGAAAAGGGCAAUGGUUUGGACGGCGGAGGAGCGGCGGCGGCGGUGAGGACUUCGAGCUGCACUAAGGAAGAGGUGGACGCUAUUUUGAUACAAUGCGGCCGCCUCAGCCGGAGCUCCUCCACCGGGAAGGCCGGAUUCUCGGCGGAGAGCGGCGGGAGGAAGUAUUCAGGGUCGAAGAGGAGUUACGACUUCGACAACGACAGCAGGAGAGGCGACGACAACAAUGCCGAUGGGGACGAUGAGGCUGUGGCGAGGGAGAGGGAGAAUCGGCGGAGGGAGCGCCGCCUGUCUCAGGGGCGGCGGAGGACGCCUAGCAGGGAGAGGGACCAGGCGGCGCAUCAGCGCUCCGGAAGCCGGGAAAGGAGCGGCAGCGGCGGAGGGAGGCGGGUGAGCAGAUCUCCAGGUAGAAGAUCUGAAUCCCCAAUCGCUACACACAGUGGGACUAAUUCCAACUCCUCCGCCGCGAAUGCCAAUCCACGGCCGGGGAAGCUGGUUUCGGUGCCGGCAAUGGCGAUGGAGAAGAGUACUAAUGCCGCCGGUGAGGCUGCGGCGGCCGUUAAAAGGAUUCAAGUGAAGAGAAACGCUGGAGGAGAUGCGGCGAGAAGCGCUGCCUCUCCGCGAGCGAGAUCUCCGGCGAGGUUGAGAGCUCAGAACGAUAAUCAGAAUCAGCAGCAGCCGAUUUCUCUUAGCCGGAGCAAUUCAAGGAAAGCAGAGCACUCUCCUUACCGGAGAAAUCCUCUUUCCGAGAUCGACACCAACAUCAUCUCACAGGUAGCGCCACCGCAGAAAUUGGCAAACACAGAGCAGAAAACAGCCGGCAACAAUGGCGGCGGGGUAAACGUGAUUCCCCCGGCCGUUACGCGAACCCGCUCCUCACGCCUAUCUCGAGAUCUCGACAUCAAUCCUGAAACCCUAGCAAACCCUAACUCAUCCUACACAGCACUUCUGCUGGAAGACAUCCACAAUUUCCACCAAAACAACGCUCCGCCGGCGUCGUUUCCUCUGCCGCCGUGCGUGACCAAAGCAUGUUCCAUCCUGGAAGCCGUGGCCGAUCUCAACUCCAGCACGGAGCAGAUCAAGGCGAGGAAGGCGAAGCAGGAUCCAAUUGUGGAAUCGGAGAUCGUAGGGAGCGAUGACCUAAUGCAGCCUAGCUUCCACAAGUACGUGACGGUAAGGAGGGGCGCCGGAGACGACGAAGACUUGGAAGAGCAGGAAUCCUCCGGCAGCAACAGCUUCGUGGGAAGCCAGCAGCAGUGGGCGUGCUCUUCAAGCUGGGAGCCUAAUUCGGCAGAAUCGACGAGAUCGGUGGGGUAUCAGAGGCACACAGCGGCGUCGGAGUCGGCGAGAGUAGUUGAUGAAGGCAGCAAGAAACUCGGUGCUGCAAAGAAUAAUGGAAUCGGAAGGGCGAGAAUUGCGAGUCGAGUUUCGCAUACUGUUGCUUCUUCAGCAUAGCCACCACCAUGGCUCCUCCCUUCUACUUAAACUUGUGUUUUUUUAGCUACUUCUUUCCUUGUUCAACUGGAAAAACAGAUGGUUUUUUCAUAUUUGUAGAAAUUUGUGUUUGGUUGCUAACUUUGGCAACCUUGCCUGUUAAUUACUUGAACAAUCAUCUUUUUUAUCAUGUUUCAAAUUCUUUA